UUGACAGCAAUGGCGGCUUGAGAUCAUACUCUCGGAAAGUUGCAGACUCUUUUAAGACAUUCUGCACUUAAGCUAUAAUUUAUUGUCAUCAUUUAUUUUUGAGAGAACGGGAUACACCUUACAUGAAAAAUGUCCAAGAAAGGCUUAUCAAAGAAGUCAGAGACUGUGAGGGUCGUGGUACGAUGCCGUCCCAUGGAUCAAAAAGAGAUCAAAGAUGGACAUGAAAGGAUUGUUGAUAUGGAAGUAAACAGAGGCGUGAUUAUGGUCAGGAAUCCCAAGGGACUAUCAACAGAACCCCCAAAGGACUUCACAUUUGAUGCUGUGUAUGACUGGGACUCCAAGCAGACAGAAUUGUACGAAGAGACGUUCCGUGACUUAGUUCAGUCUGUCAUAGAAGGUUUCAAUGGAACAAUAUUUGCAUAUGGACAGACGGGAACUGGUAAAACAUUUACCAUGCAGGGUGUCAAAAAUGAUCCAGAGACCAGAGGAGUGAUCCCCAACUCAUUUGAACACAUUUUCCAACACAUUUCCAGAUCUGAAAAUCAACAAUACCUUAUAAGGGCAUCAUAUCUUGAAAUUUACCAGGAAGAUAUCCGAGAUUUAUUGUCCAAAGAUCACACAAGGAAAUUGGAGUUAAAAGAACGACCUGACACAGGAGUUUAUGUGAAGGAUUUGUCCUCGUUUGUGACUAACAGUGUAAAAGAGAUUGAACAGGUUAUGCACAAGGGGAACUCCAACAGAGCUGUAGGAUCUACCAACAUGAAUGAACACAGCUCCAGGUCUCAUGCGAUCUUCAUCAUCACUAUAGAAUGCAGUGAGGUUGGUGCGGAUGGAGAAAACCACAUUCGAGUGGGGAGACUCAAUCUGGUGGAUUUAGCUGGAAGUGAACGACAGUCUAAGACUGGUGCAACAGGAGACCGAUUGCGGGAGGCAACAAAGAUCAAUUUGUCCUUAUCAGCUCUGUGUAAUGUAAUUGCCGCUCUUGUCAACGACAAAAGUACUCACAUUCCGUAUCGUGAUGCCAAGCUGACACGAUUGUUACAAGAUUCUCUCGGCGGAAACGCAAGAACUGUGAUGGUAGCAAAUAUUGGUCCAGCAAGUUACAACUAUGACGAAUCUCUUAGCACACUUAGAUAUGCAAACAGUGCAAAGAACAUCAAGAACAAACCCAAGAUUAAUGAAGAUCCAAAAGACGCUCUACUACGAGAAUUCCAGGAGGAAAUUGCCAGACUAAAGGCAGAUUUGAACCAUAAGGGUGGUCCCAAGAAAGGGAAGAGAAGGAAGAAACCCAGGCGUAACGCUGAGGGUGAGAUAAUAAGUGGCUCAGAAGAUGAGAGUGAUGAUGAUGAUGACGACGGUGAUGACGGUGGCUACAAUAACUCUGAGGAUGAGGCAGUGUACAGACAGGAACAAGAAGCUAAGUUAGAGGAGCAGAAAAACUCUAUCCUCAGCAACCAAACUAUGCUACAGGAGGAAAAAGAUAAAAUACUGCAGGAAAUUUCAGACCGGGAGGAGAAGGUGAAGAAAGAGCAAGAGGCAAGAGAUGGACUGGCGGCCAAGAUCAAGUCCAUGGAAAGCAAACUCCUGAUGGGUGGUAAAAACAUUGUUGAUCACACCAACCAACAACAGCGUGCCCUGGAGCAGAGGAGGAAGGAGAUAGCUGAUCAGAAGAAACGAGAACGAGAAAUCCAACAGAAACUGGAGGAAAAGGAAGAAUCUGCUGUAGAAAUGCAGGAUACCUAUAAUUCCAUGCAACAAGAAGUAGAAAUAAAAACAAAGAAACUGAAAAAGCUUUUUGCAAAAUUGCAAUCGACCAAAGCUGAGAUCAUGGACUUACAAGAGGAACAUUCUAAAGAGCGUCAGGAACUGGAACAGACUCAGAUGGAGCUCACCAGGGACCUAAAACUCAAGAUGUUGAUCAUAGAGAACUUCAUUCCUGUAGAGGAUAAAACCAAGGUGAUGAAUCGAGCCAUGUAUGACGAGGACGAGGACAUGUGGAAACUCAAACCUCUGGCCAAUAAAAAUACCCAAACCAUGGCUAAGCGACCAACAUCUGCUCUGGGAAAUCGUCGACCAGUCUCGGAGUUUGCUAGGGUAGCAGCAGCCAUGGGUGGCAACCCUAGGUUCAAGGGAGAAAAUAUACUAAUGGUGGAGUUAGACAUGCCAAACCGCACCACCCGGGACUAUGAUGGACCACAAGUGGCACCAAGGAUACAAGCUGCCCUGGAUGCAGCCCUCCAGGACGAGGCUGAUAUUGAAAUAGAGGGACAGACUCCAUCAAUAUUCAGCAGCAAAGCCAAGGCCAGGAAGAGAGACGUGAAAAGUGCUAGGCCUAGAACAGGAAAGAAAGAUGCUUCGAAGGAGUUUCCAUCUUCUAGAGGGCUUGUACCCAAAUAAGCAUGACCAACUCAGGAGGAGUACCAUGUCUUUCUGUCUCUAUUAACUACUGGUCUGGCUACAUUUUCCACUCAGCACUGUCGGACAAACAAUAGACUUUACAGACCCUGUGAUAUUUCAGCCUGGCUGAGGAAACAACAGUCUUCGGAAAGUGUUAACUAUAGGAGGUGCUCCCAAACACCGUACUAAAACCGAUUAAGAAUGAUAACAGUAAAAUUGGAAAUUUUUAACAUGUGGCAAUUUUCAUGUUGUGCUCAUUAAGUUGAUUGCAGUACGGAUUUUUUUUGCAUUUGCACUGGUUCUGAAAUCUAUGAUCUAGUGUGUAAUUCUAGUAUCAAAGUUUGUACUUUUUCACACUAAUUUACUAAACAUGAGCAUUCCCACACAGCAUAAAAUUUCCACUUUUAACACUAAUACACUUUUAUCAGCUUAAGACAAAUUAACAACCGGUGAAGAAUUUUAUAAACGUGUUUUUUUUUAUUAAACCACUGUUCAAAUGGUUAAAAGCAGUAUACAGGCUUAAGUGUUUAGAGCAAUGAUAUUCUGGUAAAGAAGGAUUUGUGAAUUGAUUGCAAAUAAUUACAUUGAUCAAAAUAAUGCUAUUUAAAAGAGAUAUCGGAUAAUCCUUGAAACUCAAUUUGACAUUUUCCGUAUAAAGGCUAAAACAAACUUGCACGUCUUUUAUAACUGUAUGAAGUUUCAUCCAUUUAUAUAAAUCUCGAUUUUCACAAGUAACUUACUGUAGUAGUAACUCACUGAACAUAUAUAAUAGUGUACACUGCUGUUGGCCUUACAAUCAAUCACACUAAAGGGUAUAUGCUAAUGGAGUCCAGACUCACCAUGAAUUAUAAAUAACACAGUUGUAUGACCGUAGUUUGGGAUCUACAGAAUUGUUUGCCUUCUUUUUGAUGUACAAGAAGCAUUCAGUUUUUAUACUGCUUCGUACAAUUGACAAUGUCUUACACUAUUGUUUAUCAAGCCACUGUGUACUACAACACAGCAAUGCCUUUUGUUAAAACGUGUACAGCAACUGUAAAAAUGGAGGCUUUUGCUGGUGUUUUAUUAAUAAAUUAGUUUGAAUUUAAUGCUUAAAAAAAAUAGUCAUUCUUAUGAUCGUAUGAUUUGGUUAACUAUAGAAAUAUUUUGUUCAUUCAGAUAUAUAUGACAAAAUUUGAUUUAUUAAAGAGUUUAGUAAUAAACGGAGCGAAAUGUAAAUUUUACAAGCAAGAUUAAUAUCAUAUGCAGUUAAAGAAAUACUUCAUGACAUGUUUACAGUGCCGAUGGUUGUGGUAGUGUUUUGCAAAAUAACUUAGAUAUAGUUAUGCUGACGUAGCUGUGGGCAUGGUCAAUUCAAUAUGACGCCACAAUCCAAAAAUAGGUACGUUCUUUUAUCAUGAUGGCCUAAUCAAGUAGAGCUUAUACACUAUCUGCUCUUCUUACCCGAUAUAGGAUGUAUAACGUUCAUAUUAAUUUAAAAAACUGUUCCAAUUAUUAUUUCUAGGCAGAGGUGUGAACAAAGGUUUUAACAUGUGCUUGGUAUAAUAGUGUUCAUACUUAGAUACUGUUGUUUUGAUUAUUUUUGGUGCAAGCAGUUAGUUUAUUUUCGUAUUAAAUUUCUGUUUGUAAAUAUAAAAUACCAUAAGUUAUCGGGGCUUAUUACAGUCAGUUCUGAAUAGUACUAAUUGUACAUGUGACUGUCCACGUAUAACAUGCUGACAUCAGAUUCAAUAAUGGCUUUUUUGUGAUACAUUGUACAAAGUAGUACUGUUUGUAUUGUAUGGCUUUGGUAUAAAUACAUAGCUGUACUUGGUAUUGUAAGAUACCACUUGCUGUUUGUUGUGAAUUGACCAUGGACAUUUCGUACUCUAGGGCAGCACUUGUUUUGGCUGGGCGGCCAGCUUUAUUGUUAUACAUUGAUAAACUGUAAGUCACUGGAUUUUCAUGAAUAUUUAUUUUCACGAUUAUUCUUUAAAACCACCUAUUUACGAGUAUUUGAAUGCAAGCAGGGAACAAUUACUGAUGUAUGUAUCUCAUAAACGUUUCUAAACAUUAGUAUUUACUAAAUGACUAUUUCUGGAAAAAAAAGAUUUGUGAGAUAUUUCAAUUUGCUUGCGAUGCCUCUCAUGUUUUAACAUGAAAAUAAAUAUAUCUUGUGUUAUAUAAAUGAUUCAGAGUAAAUAAUGUAAAUAAUCUGUUUGUGUGUAUCUGUCAUGCCAUGGUUGUGUUUUCCUGAAAUAACAAACAAGCAUUUACGGUGUAGUGUAUUUGAUGUACACUUAAUAGGCAUUUUUUUUAUUCAUUAUUAUAUAAUGAUUUUCGCAUACAAAUUAUUGAACACUGAUGUUGGACCUUCCAGUUCACUGUUAGAUUUAUUAUUUUACUAUGACGGUGUUUUUUGUUAUAUU